AUGGUGGAUGCCAUCUUCAUAGUAAGACAACUACAGGAAAGGAGGCUGGAGGGAAAUCAGGAGGUCUACUGUCCAUUUAACGGCCUAAAGAAAGCACACAAUAGAAUACCAAGAGAAGUGAUGUUUUGGUGUUUGAGGAAGAGGAAAGUCCCAACAAAUUUGGUUAGGCUGAUCGAGAUGGUAUAUCAAAGAACGAGCACAAAAGUAAUAACAGCAGUUGGGGAAACAGAGAACUAUGAAGUUGGUGUUGGAUUAUAUCAGAGGUCAGCAUUAAGUCCGCCACUUUUUGUUUGCGCUGGUGAAGAGAUCAGGAAUGAAGAGCUGUGGGAGUUGCUGUACGCCAAUAAUCUGGUGAUUACUGCCAAAAAUGAGAAAGACCUACAGAGACUAGUUGGAGAGUGGCAGGAUUCUUUAGAGGGGUGUGGAUAA